GAGGAGCCGGUGCAGAGCGGGCGGCGGCGGCAGCAGCGGAGGCGGCGGCUCCUGCCGGCACGGCGCGACGCGGAGCUUGGCGGUGGGAUCCAACAGCGACGCUCGUUCCGCGCUGCUAGCCUGGCUCCCUGCCUGGGGCGGACAGAGGGCGCGGCGCAGAGUCACUGCGGCCCGAGGGCACGAUGGCCGCUCCUGUCCCGUGGGCCUGCUACGCUGUACUUGCUGCCGCUGCUGCAGUUGUCUACACCCAGAGACACAGUCCGCAGGAAACACCCCACGUGCAAUACGAGCGCCUGGGCUCUGAUGUGACACUACCGUGUGGAACAGCAAACUGGGAUGCAGCUGUGACGUGGCGGGUGAAUGGGACAGACCUGGCUCCUGACCUGCUCAACGGCUCCCAGCUUGUGCUCCAUGGCCUGGAACUGACCCACAGCGGCCUCUACGCCUGCUUCCACCGUGACUCCUGGCACCUUCGCCACCAAGUCCUGCUACACGUGGGAUUGCCGCCUCGAGAGCCCGUGCUCAGCUGCCGCUCCAACACUUACCCCAAGGGCUUCUACUGCAGCUGGCAUCUGCCCACCCCCACUUACAUCCCCAACACCUUCAAUGUGACCGUGCUGCAUGGCUCCAAAAUUAUGGUUUGUGAGAAGGACCCAGCCCUCAAGAACCGCUGCCACAUCCGCUACAUGCACCUGUUCUCCACCGUCAAGUACAAGGUCUCGAUAAGUGUCGGCAAUGCCCUGGGCUACAACGCCACAGCUAUCACCUUCGACGAGUUCACCAUUGUGAAGCCAGACCCGCCAGAAAAUGUGGUAGCCCGGCCAGUGCCCAGCAACCCUCGCCGGCUGGAAGUGACAUGGCAGACCCCCUCGACCUGGCCUGAUCCUGAGUCCUUUCCUCUUAAGUUUUUUCUGCGCUACCGACCCCUCAUCUUGGACCAGUGGCAGCAUGUGGAGCUGUCUGACGGCACAGCACACACUAUCACAGAUGCCUACGCUGGCAAGGAGUAUAUCAUCCAGGUGGCGGCCAAGGACAAUGAGAUCGGGACAUGGAGUGACUGGAGUGUGGCUGCCCACGCCACACCCUGGACAGAGGAGCCGAGACACCUCACCACUGAGGCACAGGCCCUGGAGACCACGACCAGCACCAGCAGCUCACUGGCACCCCCGCCCACCACGAAGAUCUGUGACCCUGGGGAGCUGGGCAGCGGCGGGGGCCUGUCGGCACCCCUCUUGGUCAGUGUCCCUUUCACUCUGACCCUAGCUGCCGCUGCUGCCACUGCUAGCAGUUUCCUGAUCUGAACCUGGCACCCUGUGGGGACAUGACAGAGCGCAUGGAGCUGAGUGUGCACACAGACACGGGCAGGAGGACCUUCUGCAUUCUCUUCAGACACAAUUUGUAGAGACCCCGGCGGGCCCGGGCCUGCCGCCCCCAGCCCUGCCACACCGUGCUGGCCCUCCUUCCUCCGCAGCUAACCCACCCACCAAAGACCCCCUUCCCACCCUUGCCCUACCCUCUGGGGCUGGACCCUCCAAUGCCAGCGACUCCCAAGAGCCCUUGGGGGGCCUGAGGGGAGCCCCUCACACCCAGAAUUUCUCCUCCUGCCCUAGCCUCCUUUCUGUCCCAGGGUCUCUAUUGCCAUCAUCAGAGUAUAAGCUCCUGACGCUGGGGGGGCCCAACCAUUCCCCUCCCCCCAGCACCCAUACUUUUCAGCCCUGGCACCUGCACCCCAGUUUUGUACGACCUCUCCUAGCCUCUACUCCUAUCCCACAGUAUUUAAUGCCCUGUCAGUCCCUUCUAGUCUGACUCAAUGGUAACUUGCUGUAUUUGAAUUUUUUAUAGAUGUAUAUACAGGGGUGGGAGAUGGGGGGGGGUUCUCAUUAAAGGUCAUCAUUUCAUGAG